AUAAGCGGCGAGAAGCUAUUGGGUUCGAGUCUCUUUGAAUUUUAUGAAGCGGUUGUAUCUGGCAGCCCACCGCCAACGGAACUGAACAGAAUCGAAUCCAACCCAACAGUUGGAGCCGCAGCAGCAGCAGCAACAGCUUCUUGCCGCACCACUAAAUUCUUUUGCAUUUUUACACAAAACUAGAGUGGAUUACCAAAAUCAAAAAAUAUCACAAUCUAUAAACUAAACCAGUGAAUCGAACCCAAAAACAGACCAAGUUCGAAAAAGUGCGCGAAAACUUUAAAGAUGUGUAAAAGCGUUUAAAAGGAUCUUACGAUUUUCAGUGCAAAGGACUGCCAAACGAAACGUAUCUUAAAGAUACAAAUUGUCUAACAAACUAAUCUGCCAGUGGCCAAGUGCUCCAAUUCGAAAAAUUCGUUCUGUGGCUUCAGUGAAUAAGUUCCACAACAACAGCAACAAGAUGACAAGGAGACGUUCGAGUCCGCCGGGACUCGAGGAGCUGCUCAGCCUGGCGCUCAUCCUAGUGGCCAUGGUCCUGAUACCCACACAAGCCGCCCCGUUGCAGGAGUACACGGAGAUCCAACAGUAUUCGGAAGGCUGCUACUACAACUACGCUCACUACCAAGAGGGCGACCGCAUCAUGACCAAUGAGCCGUGUCUGAACUGCACCUGCCACAACCGCAUGCUGAUGUGCUACCUGCGCGUCUGCCCCUUCACCAAGCCAAUUGGCCACGACUGCAUCGUGGAGAAGCGGGAGGACCAGUGCUGCCCCAUCAUCACCUGCCCAGAAGUGCCUGUGGAUGUUCCCUAUCACUCACCGGAGCCUGGAACCGAGCUGAGCAUUCCCGAGAAGUUCGGCUGCAGCAUCGAGGAGAAGUUCUAUCCCGAGGGCGCUCAAGUGCCAUCGAACCCUAACAAGCCCUGUGAGCUGUGUUACUGCAUCAACAACCAGACCAAGUGCGUCAUGCAGGAGUGCACCCUGCACGUGGACGGUUGCUUGCCCAUUUACAACAAAGGAUCCUGCUGUCCCGUGCGUUACAGUUGCGACCACGAAAACGAACUGGACUUUGUGGACCAAUCUACGACAACCACCACUACUACUGUGCGUCCUACCACUGGCUUUAUCCUGGCCAGCACCAUGACUCCGCCCACGACCACCGACUGUAUCCACGAUGGCGACGUAUUUGCUGAUGGAGCCUCCAUUAAGGGCAAGAAUGCCUGCGAGCACUGCUACUGCAUGCGUGGAGACAUCGUUUGUGCCGUGCAAGAGUGCGAGGUGCCCAUGAUGGCUGCCAAUGGCAAGUCCUGCCGCGCCAUGCCUGCGGCGGAGGGUGAAUGUUGCCCAAGCAACUACAUCUGCGAAGACGACAGCGCAACCACCGAAAUUGUGGAGAUCACCACGGAGGAGGCCGUUACUGCGGUGCCAACUAAGGGUAUCCAUGCUGAGAUUCCCAAGGAAGAUGUGGAUCUCCAGGAGCAUAUCGAUGAUGAGGAGAAGGAUCAGGACAAGGAGACGGAGAGCGCUACUGAUAUUCCUGCCGCAGAAGGUAGCGGCGAGGUUGAAGAUGAGGAAGAGGAGAAGGAAGAAGUUACCACAGCAGCUCCAGUACGUCCUACUGACGAGAAGGACUUCUCGUUCGAGCCCGAAUCUUCCACUGCUGCCAUUGCAUCCGACUCCAGAAUCGAUGUGCCGUCUUCGACGGAAGAAACUAAGGAAACCUCCACUGAAUCUGCUGAAGAGGAUGUUGCCAAGAUCGUCACCACGCCAGAGCCAGAAGGCAGCGGUGAGGAAGAGACGUCUAAGCCUGCCCACGUUCCCGAGAAGGAAGUCACUGAAGACGAACUCAUCAAGGUCAGUACUUCUGCACCCGCCAAGGCCAGUCCUGGAGAGGAAACUGCUACUGAACCCAGCGCUGAAGAGGAAGAGGAGGAAGCCAAACCUACUCCAUCCGUUGAAUCCACCGAAGAAGAAAAGGAGCCCUCUUCUGAGAAGCCAACAUCUGCCGAAGAAGGAAGCGGCGAGCAGGAGGAAGGUGAUAAGGCCACUCCAGCUCCAGAGGAAAGCCAGGAAGAUGAGCUGGCCAAGCCCACUUCCACUCCAGCUGGAAUUGAUGAGAAGGAAGAAGAAUCCAAGCCUACAUCUACUCCCGAGGGAAGCGGUGAGGAGGAAAAGGAAGAAACAUCCACCUCCGCUCCACCAACUGGUGAUGAGAAAGAAGAAGAAGUCAAGAUUACUCCAGCUCCCGAGGAGGAAGAGGAAGAGGCUAAGCCUACUCCGGCUGCCGAAGAAGAAAAGGAAGAUGGAGACUCCGCCAAGCCAACUGCCAUUCCACCUGCAAGCGAUGAUAGUGAAGCCGCCAAGCCCACAGAAUCCUCGGAGGAAGCUAGCGGAGAAGGCGAGGAAGACAUUGUCAAGGCAACUACACCCAGCGGAGAAGUCAGCAGCGAAGGUGGAGAGGAGGAGCCUGCCAAGGAAACUAGCCCUGCUCCUGAAGCCUCAGGUGAGGAUGAAAAGGAAGAGGAAUCCUCCACCGCCGCUCCAGCCGAUGGAGUCGAAGCUGAAACCGUCCAGACUCCAGCCGAUGAGAAGGACAUUAUCGCAACUCCCUCACCAACUGAAGAUGUCAGCGCCGAAGAGGAGAUCGUUAAGGUCACCACUCCGACGUCCUUGGGAGAAGAACCUGCUGAGGAAUCCACUGAACUGCCCAAAGAAGACGAUGUGGAGAGCUCAACUGCUGCCCCAGCAAUUGCAUCCUCUACGGAAGGUAUCCAGGACGCUUCAAUUGAAACAUCGACCAGUGCACCAGCCCGUAUUGGUGGUCAAGAGGAAGAGGCUAGCACUGCCUCCACUCCUGAGAGCCAUGAGAAGCCCGAAGAAGAUGUCGAGAGUGCCACCGAUGUGCCCGCCGAGGAAGAGGUCAAGAGCACGACCACCACCAAGGCUCCAAGCACAGAGAAGGCCGAAGAGGAGUCCUCCACUGAAGCCGAAGAGGCCGAAAUCGAGUCAUCUACGAGUGCCCCAGUCGACAAACAGGAAGAGCCCGCCGUUGCACCCGCCGAAAAGGAUCAAGAAGACAAGGAGGAUGAGGCUAGCAGUACCGAAACAGUGCCAGUCAAAACCGAUGCCAUUCCUGAUGAAACCUCCACCGACAAACCAGAAAAGGACACCGUGGAGACUGAAGAGGAAGUUUCCACCGACAAGCCUCCAUCUGUCUACCUGCCUCCUGCUGGCGAUAAGGACUCUGCUGAAGGCGAAGAAGUUGCCACUGAGCCCACUUCCCAGGAGCAGGAGCCAUCCAAGCCAACAGAAACUACGCCAGCUGCCCAAGAUAUUUCGUCCAGUACUCCCGCUAUUGUCAGUCGCGAUGAUAUUGAGGCUGAGAAAACUACUGAGCUCCCCAGUUCUGAGGAUGAGAGCCCUGCCGCCGAGGCUAUGCCUGCCAUGGACCUACCCGCAGCCAUUCCCGGAGAAGGCGACUGCCUGGUGGAGGGCAAGACCUAUACCAACAACAGCAUCGUGCCUGCCACCACUCCUUGCGACGUGUCCUGCAGAUGUGUCAGCAGCAUUGUCUCCUGCCAGCAAAUGGAGUGCAAGCUUCCCGAGAACCGCGAGAAGUGUGUCCUGGCUACCGAUCUUCUGGACGGCUGCUGUCCUACUUACAUUUGCGAUGAAAGUGCCGAGGUCCCUGAAAAGGAACAGGAUUCCACUGCCAAGCCAGACGACAAGAUCGACGAGGAUGUCUCCGAGAUCAGCACAGAGGAAAUUCCCAAGGAUGUUAUCAUGCCUACUGGCAUAACGGAGCAGCCUCUGUCCCACGUCAAGCACGAGGAAGAGAGCCAGCCUACUCUAUCGCCUCAAUUGGAAGAAUCUACGACGGCCAUCGCUGAUAAGACACCAGAAGGAGCCGAUGAGGAGAAGAAACCAGAGGAAGAGAAAGAGCAGGAGAAGGAGAAGCCUUCCUCUGCAGCCUCUCCGGCACCUGAAGUCGAAGAAGAAGCAGAGAAACCCAUUGACAAGGAACACAAACCCGUUGACGAAAAGACUCCAGAAGAUGAGAUUGUGGCCGCCACCGAGCAGCCAAUCAAAAAGCCUACUGAAGAGGAAAUCUCUACGCCUGCCGAGAAAGAAACUGAACCGGAAGAACCAACCACUCCUGUUUCUAUUGAAGGAGAAAAGAAACCAGCUGAGGAGUCUGCGGAAGAAGAGAAGCCUGCCGAGGACGGAAAGCCUGCUCUCGAGGACGAAGGUUCCGCCACCACUACUGCACCCGAGAAGGAAACGCCAGAAUCCUCGACUGAAUUGCCAACUGCAGAUGUGGACAAGAAACCAGAAGCAGAAGAGGAGCCUGCAACAGCCACUCAGACUCCAAAGAUCGAAUCUCCCACAAGUGUUCCCGCUGGAGAAGAAACUGAAGACUUGGACAAAUUCACCACCGUUCCCCCAUCGGAGGUAUCUGAUGAAAAGGAACCAGCUGAUGAUGAAGACACCGUGCCAGCCACGUCAGUACCUACCCAGAGUGAAGAUAUUAGCACUUCGAGACCUAUCGUUCCACUGCCCACUCUUGCCCCCUCUCAAGCGGAGAAGGAACCUGCCGAAGAGUCUUCUACUGAAGCCGAAAUCGAAGAGAAGCCAACCAAGGAAGAGUCUGCAACUGAACCAAUCACUAAAGGCGAAAUGGAGACUUCUGAGGAGACAGCCACUCCUUCAGUGUCCGAAAAUGAGGUCGAAGACGAGGAGGGCACUGCUGCUCCUGUUCCUGCACCUGCUCCUGGCUCCACUGAUGCUGAAGAAGACAAGACUCCGAGCACCGAAAAGGCACAACCUACUUCCGAAGAAGAGGCUGCUACCGAUGCUCCUGCCGCUGGUGACUUGCCCAAAUUGCCGCAGGAUAUCUUCGAAGAGGAACUGCCCGCCACCACUGCUGCUCCUUCGAAGGUGGAAGCCGAGCAGAAACCAGGUGUGGAGGAGACCUCUACAUCUUCCCCUGCUGACAACGAAAUCGAGCCUGAAUCUGACCGCGCUACCACUGCUGCUCCUUCCAAGGAUGAAUCUGCUGAGCCAUCUACUGGUGCGCCUGUAUCAGAUGAAACCCCUGAGUCAGAAGCUACAACCGUUGCUCCUGUUGACGACAAGAUUCCUUCAAGCAGCAGCACUUCGGUUGAAGAUGAAUCUGCCACUUCUGCUCCUGUCGCCAAGCCAGAUGAGGAAGUAGAGAAGGAAGUUGAAACGUCUACUAGCAUUCCUGCUGUUUCUGAAGAAGAGGAUAAUGAAUCGACUGAGAAAACUCCAUCCCAGGAGGCCGAAGCCAAGCCUGAAGUUCCUGCCCAGAUCCCAGAGAAGGAAGAGGAGGCCGUUGCCGCCACUACUGAGGCUCCUGCUGCUGUGGAUGACGAUUCCAACCUACCUAAACUACCUGAGGAUGUCCUGGCAGAGAUUCCAUCCACAUCUACUGAGACUGGAAUUGAAGAGAAAGAAGAGACGACCGCCACUCCAACCCAGACCAAGAAGGAACCUACUGUUCCUGCAGUUCCAACUUCUGAGGUCGAUGAGGAAGUCACCACAGUUGCUCCUGUUUCUGAAAAGGAUGAGAAACCAACUGGGGCCACGAAGCCAACUGAGGGAGAGCAACCUUCUGAGGAAGAAAAGCCCACCGAGGAUACCACAUCGACUGAGGAACCUGCAAAGAUUCCCACUAAAGAGGAUAAGAUUGAAAGCCAGGCUGCUUCUACUGAGACUCCUGAGGAAGGAUCUACCGAGUCUUCUGAUGAAAUUGUGGCCUCGACGGAAUCCGAUGAGCAGCCAGGAGAGAAACUGCCCUCAUCCACUGCACAGGCCCCAGAUGAAAAGAUUCCUGAUGUGUCCACUGAGCUUCCAGCUGAGGAAUCUGACAAGGCCACUACUGUUGCUCCUGCCGUUGCCUCUAGUGAAGACGAGUCCGCGCCAACUGACGAGAAGAUUCCUGCUACCCCUAGUGAAGAGGCAGGAACCGCUGAUGCCACCACUGUUCCUCCACAAGCUGCUGAGGACGACACUAAAAAACUGGCUGGCGAGGAGCCAUCAUCCACUGAAAAGAUUCCCGCCACCGAAGAUAAGAAACCCGAGGAUGAGGUGCUUGAAGAGAAGCCUGAUGCAGCCACUCAAGUUCCAGAGCUUUCAGAGGACGCGGUAUCUUCCACAGCUGCCCCUGUUGCAGGAGAAGAAGUCGAAAAGGAGAAAGAUGCCACUACAGCUGCUCCUAGCCAAGAAGCCGAGUAUCCUACUGAGGUACCCAAGCCGACUGAAAAGGAGCCCUCAUUGGGAGAAGAGGAUAUCGAGUCCGGAACGAAGCCCAGCACUGAAGAGUCUGACGAGGCUCCUAUUGAUGAGUCUUCUGAGGAGGCUUCCACUUCUGCUCCAGUCCAGGAAGAGUCCAGCACAGUCGCAGAGGAGAAAAUCGAUGCCACCACUGUGCCUAGUCCAGCUAAGCCCACUUCUGAACAGGAUGAGGCCAUCACCGUAUCUCCUGUCUCUGAUGAGAAGGUGGAGAUCCCUGCUCAAGAUGAUUCCAAGACAACCAUUGAUGUGGCCACAGAAAUCCCCGUUUCCCAGGAGGAGGAAGUUUCUCAAACCACUCCUGCUUCUACUGUAUCUGAUGCUGAGACUACUCCAGCUCCAGUGGAAGUUCCUUCUGCUGUGGAGAUCGAAACGAAACCCAUGGAUGAAGUUAUGUCUCAGACUGUGGCUCCUCAUGGGGCCACCGAUGAUGAAGCUGCUUCAACUGAGGAAGCUGAUCAGACUCCAGUCACUGUGGCUCCUCAGGAUGCUGAGAAGACUCCCAUUUCAGUGGCACCUCAAGACGCUGACAAAACUCCAGUCACUGUUGCGCCCCAGGAGGAUGAAAAGACUCCUGCUACCGCAGUUCCUAAGGAGGAUGAAAAGAUCCCAGCCACUGAAACACCUGAAGAUGCUGACAAGAUCCCUGCUACCUCAGUUCCUCAGGAGGAUGAAAAGAUCCCAGCCACUGAAACACCUGAAGAUGCCGACAAGAUCCCUGCUACCAUUGCUCCUAUUGUUCCCUCUGUGGAGCCAAGCAGCGAGAAGCCUUCUAUAUCCGAGGAUGUGGGCGAAGAGGGCACAGAAUCACCUAUCGAUGAUGCUGAAGAUACCACUGAUGAGUCUGCGGCUGGCGCUAAAUUGAAGCCACCCACUUCUGCUCCUGCUACUGAUGUUCCAGCAGAGUCUGCAGUCACGGAGGCCGAAAUUGUUGCGGAAACAGCUGCUCCAGAACUGGAAAAGGAUCUGCCAGAGAAGACUAGUGAGGAACCAGAGAAGGUUAGUGAGGAACCAGAGAAGGCUAGUGAGGAACCAGAGAAGGCUAGUGAGAAGCCAGAGAUGGCCACUGAACAGCCAGAGAAGGCUGGCGAAGAACCAGAGAAGGCCACUGAUGAACCAGAAAAGGCCACUGAUGAGCCAGAAAAGGCCAGUGAGGAACCAGAGAAGGCCACUGAGGAGCCUGAAAAGGUUGACGAGAAGACUACUCCAGAGCCAGUUGUGAAACCCAGCUUGGACUCCACCGAGGAUGGAGAGGAGUCUGUCGAAUCUGAGGAGGAGCAUACUCCAGUUACGGAGGCCGCUGAAAAGGAAGACGAGAGCAAGGAGACUGAAGAAGAUGCUGACAAGAAACCAGAGGACGAGGAAAUUGAAGUGCCCGCCGUGGUCUCCGAGAUUCCCCAGACUACGGCUGCUCCAGCUGCCCAGGAAGAGACCGCUGAUGAGCAGAGCCCUACCACCGUGCACCCACUAUUCGCCCACCUGCCUAGCAGCACCACCAAGGCGCCAGCGAUCGAUGACCGCGUGGGCGAGGAGGAUGAGGAAAGCACCACCCUCAGCAGCUCCAGCAGUAGCACGAGCACCACAACAUCCACCACCGAGGCCGCAAUCACUGCUCCAACGACCUCAACGACAGUGGCCAGCCAACAGCACGAGCCAAUCACACCACCUCCAUACGGCCACGCACCCGAGUACGAGGAUGAGUACGAUGAGGAGGAAGUGUUCGGACCCGGUACUUGCCGCUAUGCCGGCAAACUGUACGUGUCCGCCCAGCAGAUUCCACGCGACGAUCCCUGCGACUUCUGCUUCUGCUUCCGAAGCGACAUUAUCUGCUUGCAGCAAUCGUGCCCGCCACCAAUCGCCGGCUGCCACGAGGAGCCCAUCUCUGGCUUCUGUUGCCCGCGCUACGAGUGCCCGGUGUCAAUGGCCGCUGUGCUCAACAUCACCACGAGUACCACCACAACGAGCACCACCCUGCCACCCCACUUCCUGCACUACUCGCACGGCGAUGCUGUGAAGCACACCGGCUGCCUGAUCAACGGUCGCUCCUACAGGGUAGGCGAGCCCAUUGAGUCCACCAGCGGUCCCUGCAUCAGUUGCACUUGCGGAGGCGACGGCAAGAUGAAGUGCGAUCCCCAGCAGUGCGUACCCGAGCCCACCAUGCAACAGGUUAUGGCCGCCGUGGCGUCGGGACGCAAGAGAUGAACCACCAGCCAUGCUCACUAAAUAUAAUUUAACUAAUUCUUAAGCACUGCAGACAACAAUCACGAACCGACGAACCAAACCAACCAACCCAGAUUGCACCACUCAAGAACUAGGAAAAGCAAUAGGAAUAGAAUCGCCAGCAACCACAAAUCAGAUACAAAUCCAGAUACAGAUCCAACAUCCGAAUAUAGCCAGGACGAAUAGGUGCCAAAUGCAAUAGUAACGUGAAAAAUUUUCGAUUUGCCAAGGACAUUCGCACUCUUUCAAUUGGAUUACGCCCCCCAUUUGUUUCGGAUUAGGUUACGGUGACGAAGCAACCAGUGAUAUUGUACUGUAUACAUAGUAUAGGUGCAAUUAAUUUAGACGCGCUCACUUAAAACGAUUACUUAUUUGUAUGAAUUGGGCCCAGUGUCCCUAGAAACAUUUGGACACCUGGCCGCCACCCAGAAACACAAAACAGCAGCCGACGUAGCGCGUGCCUUGUAAGGUCGUUCAUUGUGACCGCCGCCGCCAUACAAUCGCUUUCAGGAGACUCUCAACCCUAAAAACAAAUAACAAAAACAUCAAAAUAUAGCAGCGAAGCAAUUCCGGAUACGGAUCGCAAUCAAUGGCGUUACGAAGCCACGACAUUCGGCCGCCGGAACGGUUUCUAUCUCUUCGAUCCACGAUCCGGCGGCCCACUCUUCUCCAAAUGCGCUUUUGUAGUAUUUUAGUCACCUUAUUUUUUAAACAUUAUUAUUUUUGUGUAUAAUUGUUGCUUCUAGUCUUCAUUUGUUGCAAGAGCAACGGAAUCUGCCUGUAACACGCGCACAACCGAUCCCGAUCCCGAUUCCGAUCACAUCAGAUCGAAUCGGAUCGCAUCGCAUCGAAUUGAAUCGAAUUGAGUUGAGUUGAGAAACUGUAUCUUCUAUAAACUAUUCCAAGCUUUUUGUACUUUUAUAUACAAUACGUGUAGAUGGGAGAAUCGAACGAACUAGUUUUUAUAGCAAUUUUACAAACGAACCACACAAAUUGCAUAGUUUUAACGCAUUGAAUUUGUACUUCACCCCCCGCUGACCCGCUGCAAUAUCAUCCCAACAGGUGUAUUGCAUCCGGGUGCACCUGGGGUGGCAACAACCGUAGUCUACAUAGAAUUUUUAGAUCAACUGAAACGGAAACUAAAUACGGAACCGAAAACACACUGUCGGCUAUAGCUAUUGCUCGACUGACUGAAAAUCGGAUGGAUCAAGAGGAUAAUGACAGGAGAGCGAGUUAACUUUGUAAACUAUUUUUUUUUAAUCUCAGCUGCCGCGCUGUUGGAUUAAUUUUAUUAGAACAUGUGAUCACCUGGCUUUUCAGUCACUUGAGCCUUAGCGAUACGCUGUAAUCGGAGGGCGUUUCAAACCACGCCCAUCGACUACGAACAUCAAUUAGAUUUUUAUAAUCUCUAAAUAUAGUUUUAGUCCUAAGUAUUUAAUUUUAAAAAUAAAUAAAUAAAUUUUAAUUUAGAUCUUAUUUAUUUGAUAUGUCUUUUAAGAACAGCUCUUGUGUUUUCAAUACCUUAUCAUAAUUUAUAUGCAAGCUAUUCUUUGUAAUCUAAUAAAUAAAUAUAACGCUUUUUAUUGAAAUGUAAACUUGCGACUUUUUACGUGCCUGUCUUAUCGAACAAAAAACUAAAUAAAAAACUGAGAGUUUUCAGAUUUUAAAAUGG